CCAAAAAACACCCAAAAAAACAAAGAUAUGGAUAACAAAAAUGAUUCAUCUAAAUCACUUACCGGACCACACUUUCUGUUCGUGACAUUUCCAGCACAAGGCCACAUCAACCCAUCUCUCGAACUCGCCAAGCGCCUCGCCGGAACAAUAGCCGGAGUUAGAGUCACCUUCGCAGCCACAGACUCCGCCUAUAACCGAUGUAUGCUCUCCAAAGAAAACGUCCCUGAAACAUUAGUCUUCGCCACGUACUCCGAAGCCCACAAAGAUGACAUCAAAUCAUCUACAUCCACCGACAGAUCCCGCGAAUAUAUGUCUGCUACGAGACGCCGUGGCAGAGAAACCCUAACCGAACUAAUCGAAGAUAACCGGCGUCAAAACCGGCCUUUUACCUGCGUGGUUUACACCAUCUUCCUCCCUUGGGUCGCUGAGCUGGCUCGUGAGUUUCACAUCCCUUCUGCCAUUCUCUGGGUCCAGCCCGUAACUGUCUUCUCAAUCUUCUACCACUACUUCAAUGGCUACGCAGAUGCAAUCUCAGAGAUGGCUAAUAAUGACCCUUCUGGUUCUAUUAAGCUACCCUCCCUGCCACAGUUCCGUCUCCGAGAUCUUCCCACAAUAAUAUUCCGUCCAGACGCAUAUUCAUUUCUUGUACCGGCGUAUCAAGAUCAGAUAGAUUCACUGAAGCAAGAGGAAAACCCUAUGAUCCUCGUGAAUAGUUUCCAAGAGCUUGAAGAAGAAGCUCUCAGCGCAGUACUUGAUAACUUCAUGAUUGUCCCCGUUGGUCCAUUGAUAACCACUAAGGCCGAUGACUCUGGGGUUGACGAUAAAUACAUCCAGUGGUUGGAUGCAAAAACGGAUUCGUCUGUAAUUUAUAUUUCCUUCGGGACGCUUGCCGUGUUGAGCAAGAAACAGCUUGCAGAGGUCUGCGAGGCAUUGAUAGAGAGUCGGAGGCCGUUUCUGUGGGUGAUUGCGGAAAAGUCGUUCAGAAGUAUAGAAGAUGAGGAAGAGAACGAAGGAGAGAGCAUAAGGAGUUUCAGAGAAGAGCUCGAUGAGAUAGGAAUGGUGGUUUCUUGGUGCAAUCAGUUUAGCGUUUUGAAGCAUAAAUCAAUAGGUUGUUUUGUGACGCAUUGCGGGUGGAACUCGACGCUGGAGAGCUUGGUCGCCGGAGUUCCCGUGGUUGCAUUUCCGCAGCGAAUUGAUCAGAUGACGAACGCCAAGCUUCUAGAAGAGGCUUGGAGGACAGGUGUGAGAGUGAUGGAAAAGAAGGAAGAUGAAGAAGUUGUGGUGGAGAGUGAGGAGAUACGGCGGUGCAUUGAGGAAGUGAUGGAGGAGAAGGCGGAGGAGUAUAGGAGAAACGCGGCGAGGUGGAGAGAUAUAGCGGACGAGGCGGUGAGAGAAGGAGGAUCUUCCUUUAAUCAUCUCAAAGCUUUUGUCGAUGAGCACAUGUGAGAUUCUAUCUUGAAGAAUUCAAUUCUGUGAUUUCCUUUUAGUUUCCAAAUUUAUUAUCGUCGGUUAUGUUUUAAACUAUUCGGUUUCUUCCUGGGAUGAAAUGUAUUUUUUGGGUAAAAUGUUAAGAUUGGGAUGAAAUGUUUACGCCAUAUGGUAUAAACUACUAUGGAUGUUUGAUUGUUGAUUUUAAAUAUGUUGAAACUUAAAUAUUUGGAAGAUGUGAGAAAAAAAAAGAGAUACACGCAUGACAUGA